CCACAAUACUUUUUUGUGGGUAGAAACGAUUGAGAGAUAGUUGGAAAAACAUAUCGCCCAUCGAGAGAAGUGACCGACAACAGUUCAUAUUUUUAUUAAUAUUUAACUAAAAGUUGCAUUGAAAUUUUGAAAUGGAUGAUUUUCAGUCCCCAGAGGAGACAGCUUUUGUUGUAGAUGAAGUAAGUAACAUCAUCAAGGAAGCCAUAGAGGGCACAAUUGGUGGUAAUGCCUACCAACAUAACAAGAUUAAUCAGUGGACAUCUAAUGUUGUAGAACAGUGCCUCAACCAAUUAACAAAGUUAGGAAAGCCUUUCAAAUAUAUAGUUUCAGCUGUUAUUAUGCAAAAAAAUGGUGCUGGCCUUCACACAGCAAGUUCUUGUUUCUGGGAUAACACAACAGACGGAAGCUGUACUGUAAGAUGGGAGAAUAAAACAAUGUACUGUAUUGUUAGCAUAUUUGGAUUAGCGAUAUAAAAGAUCACAACAUGAAAAUGCUGUAUAUAGUAUUUGGGUUCAAAAUUGAAGGCAUACCUAAUUGUUUCAAUAAAAAGAAUUCAGCGUUCAUAAUAUUAUGGCAUUAUUCUUCCCAUUUCAAAAGUAGUUGUAAUAAUUGUUAAUGAUAUGCAUGACAUUUGUUAAUGAUAUGCAUGGGGUUGAAGUUACAACUUACAUUUUUUGUUUUUCAUUCAAGCUGUAAAAAAUAGUGUACAAAUUUAAACAAAAAAAAUGUAUUAUAUAAAGUUUAAUUCUGUGUUAAUAAUAAUAUGAAAUUUAUUAUUAAGGCAAACUGCUACAUGAAGUACCAAACUCAAAUAGCUAAGAAAGAUUAAGUCGUCUUUACUCUCUAGUAUGUUAUUAUACAGUAUUGUGUGUGUGUGUGUGUUUUUAAAUAACGUAUUUGGCUACGAAAUGGUUGAACACAUUUUGUAAUUGUUGUAUCUCCAUUCCGAUUCCAUUCCAAGACCCUCCGAUUUCUGUUAGGUUUCUCUACCAACUUUCUUUUCGAUGUUUUCCUGUGGGUCUGUUUCCUUUAACCCCCUAAAAUUGUACACAAUACAAUUAAAAGGGUCACUUUCAAAAAGACCUAAAGACCCCUCCCACACAGCCUAGGGAGGAUGAUAAAAAUAGUGGUUAGUCCCUAAGGUAUUUUAUAAUAGGCAAUAGAUAUUCUGUUGCCUAAAUCUAAUAUAAACCUGAAAUUUUUUUUUAUGGAUUGCUGAUGCUGAAUUUGUACAUUUUGAUAAAAAUUAUUAGCUAUCGACUAUAAAAUAUGAUAAAAUAUCUUCGCCAAUUGACGGACAUUAAUUUUUCAAACAGCUGUUAUCUAUAAUUUAAUGACUGUUUGCCAUUUGACUCACAACAUUAGAAUUUGAGGACACAUUAAACAAAAAAAAUGUACUGAAGCAUAGAAAAUCAACACGACCCAGGUGGUUUACAAGCUACAGUAUGUAGUUGUAAUAAUUAUGUUUAUUUCCUGUGUAUAUUUCUCUUAUUUCUUGUUGACAUUGUUCUGGAUUAUUUAUGUAAUGAGUCACUUGAUUAUACAUAACAGUUUUGUUAAUUAUGAAAAUUUACUUGUAUUAUUUUUUAUCAUGGAGUUUAUGUAACUCGCAGCAUUGGUUGAUUUUGUUCUAUCAAGCGAUGUUGGCGUGUGGAAGCGGUUUUGCGCAGCAGGAACGGUCGGGGUUUCAAUCCCUCGCUGUGCAUUUCGCUGGUGUCCUUGAGCAAGACACUUCAUCUGCAUUGCUUCUCUCCACCCAGGAGUAUAAAUGGGUACUUUGUGGGGUUGCCUGCUCCUGCGCUGACUACCAGCAGCAACACUUAGCAUGUGGACCCAAUGACCAGGGAAAAGAACUGCACUUUAUAACCGCAAGGAAAAGGCGCAAUAUAAAUGCCCAGACCAGUACCAGUGUGUGGUGGUUAGGAUAUGUUAAUAUUGGCAAAUUCUUUGCGAGUCUUAUAAUUUAAUGUUUUAAACAAACGAUUUUUGUGUGAUCAACAUGUAAUCCAUUAGUAUUAAGGAGAUUUUGCAACCUUAUAAUAACGAUAAUGAAUUCAUCAUGUUCAUUAUUGUCAUUCGUGCUUAAAACAUUUUUAACAGUACAUAUAUAUAUAUACGAGAUUGAUUGAUUGAUUUAAAAGUCAUAGAUUCCCUACGUUGUGACAAAUAUGCUACUGUGUGGGAUGAAUUGACUAAAAAAAUGAUGACGUAGUAACCUUAUUCGUUGUCGUUUUCAUAAGCUUGCGAAACCUCCCUAUAUAGAUAAAUGUGAAACUAAUUUGAAUGUUGACCAUAAUCUCUUCACAUUGCACCUUAGUUAAAGUAGGGCUUAUUGUGAGACCAUUUAAAAAAAAGUUGAUACAGUACAGCCUAAUUAUAUUUUGAGUGAAAUGUAUUCUCCACAUUUGCAUUAGCCCUGGCAUUAGCACCCUCUAAUAGCUUGUAUGCUCCCUUGGUUUUUUCACAAAUGUUUUACCUAAGUUGUAUGUAGUAAUAACAACUGUAUUAAACUAGGUAUAGAGGUAUUGUUCAUCAUUAUUAUAAGCAUGUAGUGUAGUAAAUUGUGUGUACAUUAAACUUUGAUGUAGUAUAA